AUGUCGGUGAAAAUUCAAGCCGAGCCGAGUUGUCCGGAAAAAAUGCAGACGUUUGACUUUCUGGAUGAGCUACCGGCCACAGAAAAGAUGCAAGGUGAAACUAGGAGUCGGACGAGACUGACUGAGGUUCAGACAGUCCUCUGGAGAUCCUCGACGCGGAGGAGAAGACCGACUGGAAGCUCAUCUCGGUGGCGGGCGUCGUCGCCUUCCUCACCGUCAUCGAGAACACCGUCGUCGGCAUGAGCGAGUGGCCCUACAUGAAACAGGUUCGAGCUUUAAUAAUCUAGUGAGAAGCUCGGAAAGGGGAUAUAACGUCGGCUAACAUUGAGAAAAGCCUAGCCUCAUUGGAAGCCAUCCCAAGUAUCUGCAAUUGUCUCCUUAGUUUCAUGAUGAAAGUCCGCGUUUCAUGAUAAAAUGUUAAUGAGUAGAGAAGACGUAAUGACGAGGUGCAGAGUCAUCGCAGGAACUAAUUAAAAUGCGUCACAAGUUUCUCAGCAACUCAUCAGAAAUGGUUUGGAUGUUAACGCUCCACUACACAUAUCAUAUGUGACAUAUGAUGACCAAAGACACAAAUAAUCGUGAUUCAGGAAUUUUACAACUCGAAUUUUUUUCAAGGAGAAACCUUUGUUGAUGGUCCAACAUUAAACUAAUUUCCGCUCAUCGAAUCUUUUCUUGGAACACCUUUUAACUAGAAAAACUGUGAGUCAUGCAGAUCAAAGAAUGCCUACGUUGGAUCUCUCGUCCUUUACCUGUUUUUUUUUCUUUGCACUUUCACUCGUAGCGAUAUAUAUCGACGAAUGGAAACGUUAUGGGAAAAACAAAAAUAAUUGUUUUCGGGAGCUGUUUUGGACUUGCGGAGAUCAUACGUCCCAUCCAGAACACGACUAUUUAUUGGCCCAUGUAACCUCGAAUCGAAUGGGAAUCACUGAUCUUUUUUGAAAGUUUAACCACUUAUUUUGAGAGAAAAAUAGCGAUUUUUUUCGAAGAUGAAAAAAAAAAGAAAGAAACCAGAAGUCGAUAAUUUUCCAGCGUGGAUGAUGUCAUUCUACUGACUUUGAUCAAUGGAAACAAUUUUGCCGCAAAUAUUGUUUUGUUCAUUUCGAUUUCAGAUGAGGCUGGUAAAUGUUUGAAAAAAACGAAAGAAAUUUUCGAAAAUGCGAAAAGUAUAAGCUACCCUUUCCUCUGCCGCUAGCCGCGGAUCAAGAAAAAAAAAUUUAUAUCUUAAUUUCAUAACAGCUGAUUUGAGUUUUUAAAUAACGAAAUCAAAGUAGCUUCUGGCAGCCAUUCUGACUUCGAAACAGAUAACUAUAUUUUUUUCUUUGCUUCUCAAAAAAAAUCUUCUUAGCCGUGUCAAUAAUAAUAUUAAUCAUAAUAAUAAUUAGAGUUUGUUGACUGAAAAUCAAAAAAGUUGAAUUAGAUUCAAAAAGAAAGGUGAAAACAAGAGAUUGGAAGAAGGACAAGGAUACACGGGACCAUUCCUAAUCUGCUGUCCGAAGUCGCAGUGGGUCUCUCCGUAAAAAGAGCCAAGAAACAUACUUGCUUCGAUCGAGACCAUGAUUAGAAAAUAAUCAAAAACAUUUUUGUAACUAUCCCAUUUCUUCAAAAUCGUGACAAUACGGUCACGGUUUUUUUUUUCGAACUCAUUUUUCACUCAAAUCGAAACGACAACUUUUAUAUUUCAGAUAGACAAAGAAGCGACGGCGCAGUUUUUCGGAGCCGCGACGUCGGCUUCGAAGGCCGGACACGCCAUUUUCACUCUUGUCUUUGCUGCUUGGAGCUUCCAUUACAAAACUGUCAAGUCUGUUCCCUUACCGCAGAAAUCUUGAGCCAUGAGUGGAAGAUUGAGAAACUUUUCGAAAUAGAAUUCAAAUUAAUAAUAAAGAAUAAAAGCAGAAUAAAAGCAAAGUCAUAAUAAAAGCAAAUAACUUCAGAAAAAUCUCUUACUUCAAUAAGUCUUCAGAUUUUUUUCAAGUUUCAGAAAAGAUUUCUCAUAUCUGUUUUUUAUUAGUCAUGAGUGGAGAAAAACGCGUUUAUUUCUCAUGUUUCUAUGAUCUUGGAGGCAAAGAAAAGAGGGCGCAGACGAGCGAGACUGUUUCAAGUCCUGGGGAAUGAAAUACAACUCAACUAACUUUCACAUUUACUCCAAUUUUCUUCUCAAAAUUAUCGUUCUGCAGAGCUCCACUAAUCGCAGGACGAGUUGUGGCGACCAUUGCGUGUAUCCUUUACCUUGGCGUCGAGAUUCUUCCCUCAGGCCACAGAUACCUCAUGAUGUUCUGCUACAUCUUGUUCGGAAUCGCCAGCAGUUAUUAUUCAUCGUUUCUCACGAAAUUCAGUCCUCUCGCUUCAGGUGCCUCGACCAUUCUCCGGGCCUACGUCGUCGCUAUUUCCUCUUCCAAAGAUCGUCCUCGAGCUUUUACUUGCAUCUCCGCCGCAACCAUAUUUUCGAUCAUCAUCGGACCUUGUGAGUCGCAGAUUUUUGUUUUGAAAAGGGAAGCUGAGUUUUUGAACGACCUGUUCGCUUAUUAUUAUUCCAUCAAAUCAAGAAAAGAAAGAAGCUCAGAGAAAUUCGCAUUCGAUCCGCCUCCCUACGAACAAAAGAAAGUUUUCAGUGGUGCAGCUGGCUUUCACUAGGAUUCCGUACCCAGGCUACACCCUGCUGCCUCGGGUCCAUCUCCACGUCUACUCUGCUCCCAUCUGGAUCGCCUCUCUCACCAACUUCGUCGCCAUCGCAGUCAUUCUCUGCUACAUUCGAGACGCUCGCAAAAGGAAGCCCGCUGCCGGUGCCCCAAGCCUUAAAAACUAAAAAUGAUUCAAAUUCAGAACGCAAGAAGAUCAAUUUGGAAACUCUGAAGCUGAAGUUCAGAAAGUUGAGAAAGAGCAACAUCAACUGGAAAUUAGUUAUUUUGUGUUGGACCAUGAAAACCGCUACCACGUUCUCCCAUCUCACAUUUGCAACGUUUGUUUUGGAUUUUGAGCUUUUUCAAAGCGAAAUAUUCUCUCAGAAUUCUCUCAAUAUUUUUGAUGGCGGCGUACGGCUGGACUGGAGCCUUCACCGUCCGGAUCAUCUCCAUGUUGAUGGGCGGCGUGGGUCUCAUGUCCAUAACAGUUCUUUUUUCCUACAUGGUCUGCCGGAUGGGCGAAAUGUACGUCACAAAGCUUUUCCUCAACGUUCCUUGCUUCAGAAUCCAACAAAGAUUCGCCUUCUUUGCGGCUAUGGCCAUGUCGGCACUCCUCUACGUCAUCACGUACCCCUACCCCUUCACCAGUAAUUCCAUCGCCAAAUACGACAGUUCGUUUUCCAGAAGAAUCUUCAGUGGUUAAUCAUUUCCAGAUGUGACUGACACUGGCUGCGAUCCCUCGAGGUACACUUGGUGUGAGACUUCGAGCGCAGUCAAUCCUAUACUUCUACUCGCAUCGCUGGUCGUCGUCAAGGGAAUCGCUAUUCCGACGUCCCAUGUCUCGCUCGACACCAUCUACUCCAGAAUCCUUGGCGGCAUCGAUCAGGUAUUACCACAGCCCAAAAAAACAUGAGCUUCUGCGUUGCAGAGUGUGAUGCAAGGAACUAUUUUAGUCGUGGAAGACAUCGUCGCUGUCAUGACGCCCAUUUACGCCUCGUAAGAUUUUCUAUUCACAAUAAAAUCGAAAAAAAAAGAAACUGAUUUUCAUUUUAAUUUCUCUUUUCAGAUCAGUCUUCGCCCAUUUUGGAAUCGAGUCGCUGUGGAUAACUAACGGCGUCUUAUUCUGUUUGGCGACAUUCUUAUGGGCCUGUUUCCUCGGAGAACUUCGGCCUUUCCAUUAA